UUGCUAUGCGACAGAGUGCUACGCGGGAACCUCUGGUGUCGCAAUUAGGAAAUCCUGCAAAGCCGGAGCGUCCUUCAAGUCCGUGGCCUUCGAAGUGUGUGCACUUAACUUUGGGACACAGUUUACGUGUCGAACUACCAGUACACAUCCCUCCUUCCGUUCAUCGAGGCUUCACAUUGCAUCCCUGUAGGUGGCGGAAUCGCACCUAAAGCUGGAAUGCCAAUAAACAUAAAAGAAGAAGUUACCACUAUUGCCAUAACACAGCUUUGAGUCUUCUGAGAUCUGCUCCUCCAACCACACAGGAGUUCACCAACAGUUCAGCUCCUCCCACAACAGUUAAUGAAAACAUGACUGAUCCAGAACCCUGCAGAAUAAAACAGGAAGAUACUGAAGAACAAAUAGACUUGAAAGAAGAGAACAAGGAGAUUGAAGAACUGUUUAAAGAGGGGGAGAACCAUCAUGUAAAAACUGAAGAAACAUCCUGGAGAUUCUCACUGACAAGAAGAGACAAAACAUGGCCUGAGUGUAAAAAGAGUCUCUCAUGCAAGCAAAAUCUUGAUAUUCAUAUAAAAUGUCAACUUGAAGGGAAGCUGUACACAUGUGAUCAGUGUGAAAAGACUUUCACAUUAAAAAAAUACCUUACAAAGCACAUGAAAAUCCACACUGGAGAAAAGCCGUACACAUGUGAUCAGUGUGGGAAGAGUUUCACACAAAAAGGAUACCUUGAUGCACACCUAAAAACCCACACUGGAGAGAAGCCGUACACUUGUGAUCAGUGUGGCAAGAGUUUCACACAAAAAGGAGCCCUUAAUGUACAUAUGAGGAUUCACACUGGAGAGAAGCCAUACACAUGUGAUCAGUGUGGGAAAAGUUUCACACAAAAAGGAUACCUUGAUGCACACCUAAAAACCCACACUGGAGAGAAGGCAUACACAUGUGCUCAGUGUGGUAAGAGUUUCAGACAAAAACGAGCCCUUGAUGUACACAUUAGGAUCCACACUGGAGAGAAGCCAUACACAUGUGAUCAAUGUGGGAAAAGUUUCACACAAAAAGGAUACCUUGAUGCACACCUAAAAACCCACACUGAAGAGAAGCCGUACACAUGUGAUCAGUGUGGGAAGAGUUUCAGACAAAAACGAGCCCUUGAUGUACACAUGAGGAUCCACACUGGAGAGAAGCCAUACACAUGUGAUCAGUGUGGGAAGAGUUUCACACAAAAAGGCUACCUUGAUGCACACCUAAAAACCCACACUGAAGAGAAGCCGUACACAUGUGAUCAUGGAAGAGUUUCAGACAAAAAACGAGCCCUUGAUGUACACAUGAGGAUCCACACUGGAGAGAAGCCGUACACAUGUGAUCAGUGUGGAAAGAGUUUCAGAAAAUGUGAUGGUUUUAAAAAACAUCUGCUUACUCAUUCAAGAGAGAGACUAGAAAACUGUGACCAAAGCAGUAGAACAUUUCUAAAGGACCGCCUGAAAGCUCAUACGAAGGAGAAGCCUUACAUAUGUUAUUUAUGUGGAAAGAGUUUUAGUCAGAUGGUUGCAUUAAAGAUACACCAAAAAAGACACAGUGGUGUGAAGGAUCAUGCUUGCUCUAAGUGUGGGAAGACGUUUUUUACAUAUGCUGCAAUGAAAGUGCACCAGACAGUUCACACUACAGAAACACCUUACAAGUGCUCACACUGUGACAAGAGAUUCAAACGGUCAGACUAUCUGAGAAUACAUGAGAAGAUUCACACUGGAGAGAAGCUGCACACAUGUGAUCAAUGUGGGAAGAAUUUCAGACAAAAAAGUAACCUUAACAGACACAUGAGAUUCCACACUGGAGAGAAGCUACACACAUGUGAUCAGUGUGGGAAAACGUUUGUGCAUAAAGGAAACCUUAAAGACCACAUGAAUAUCCACACUGGAGAGAAGCCGUACACAUGUGAUCAAUGUGGGAAGAGUUUCACACAAAAAGGAUACCUUGAUGCACACCUAAAAACGCACAAUGGAGAGAAGCCACACACAUGUGAUCAGUGUGGGAAGAGUUUCAGACAAAAACGAGCCCUUGAUGUCCACAUGAGGAUCCACACUGGAGAGAAGCCGUAUGCAUGUGAUCAGUGUGGAAAGAGUUACACACAAAAAGGAGCCCUUAAUAUACACAUGAGGAUCCACACUGGAGAGAAGCCGUACACAUGUGAUCAGUGUGGAAAGAGUUUCAGAAAAUGUGAUGGUUUUAAAAAACAUCUGCUUAAUCAUUCUAGAGAGAGACUAGAAAACUGUGACCAAAGCAGUAGAAUAUGUCUAAAGGACCACCUGAAAGCUCAUACGAAGGAGAAGCCUUACAUAUGUUAUUUAUGUGGAAAGAGUUUUACUCAGAUGGUUGCAUUAAAGAUACACCAGAAAAGGCACAGCGGUGUGAAGGAUCAUGUUUGCUCUAAGUGUGGGAAGAGUUUUUUUACAUAUGGUGCAAUGAAAGUGCACCAGACAGUUCACACUACAGAAACACCUUACAAAUGUUCACACUGUGACAAAAGAUUCAAACGGUCAACAUAUCUACAAAUACAUGUUGGGAUCCACACUGGAGAAAAGCCUUAUGCAUGUGAUCAAUGUGGGAAGAGCUUCAGACUAAAAGAAAUGCUUAAUCAACACAUUAAUAUCCACAAUGGAGAGAAGCCGCACACAUGUGAUCAGUGUGGGAAGAGUUUCACACAAAAAGGAAACCUUAACAAACACAUGAGAUUCCACACUGGAGAGAAGCUACACACAUGUGAUCAAUGUGGGAAGGGUUUCUCAGACAAAGGAAACCUUAAAGACCACAUGAAUAUCCACACAGGAGAGAGGCCACACACAUGCGAUCAGUGUGGCAGGAGUUUCGCACAUAAAGGAAACCUUAUCAAACACAAGAAAACCCACAUUGGAGAGAAGCCGUACACAUGUGAUCAGUGUGGGAGGAAUUUCACACAAAGAGGAACCCUUACUGCACACAAGAAAACCCACAGUGGAGAGAAGUCAUAUACAUGUGAUCAGUGUGGGAAGAAUUUCAAACGAAAAGAAAGCCUUCAUGAUCACAUGAGGAUCCACACUGGAGAAAAGCCGUACACAUGUGAUCAUUGUGGCUGGAGUUUCGCACAUAAAGGGAACCUUAUCAAACACAUGAAAAGACACACUGGAGAGAAGCCAUAUACCUGUGAUCAGUGUGGGAGGAGUUUCGCACAUAAAGGAAACCUUAUCAAACACAAGAAAACCCACACUGGAGAGAAGCCGUACACAUGUGAUCAGUGUGGGAGGAGUUUCACACAAAGAGGAACCCUUAUUGCACACAAGAAAACCCACAGCGGAGAGAAGUCAUAUACAUGUGAUCAGUGUGGGAAAAAGAGGGAACAAAAAGAAAGCCUUCAUGAUCACAUGAGGAUCCACACUGGAGAGAAGCCUUACACAUGUGAUCAGUGUGAGGAGUUUCAUACGAAGAGUAACCCUUUACAAACACAAAGAAAAACCCACACUGGAGAGAAGCCGUACACAUGUGAUCAGUGUGGGAGGAGUUUCAGACAAAGAGGGAACCUUAUUGCACACAAGAAAACCCACAGUGGAGAGAAGCCAUAUACAUGUGAUCAGUGUGGGAAGAAUUUCAAGCGAAAAGAAAGCCUUCAUGAUCACAUGAGGCUCCACACUGGAGAAAAGCCUUACACAUGUGAUCAGUGUGGGAGGAGUUUCAUACGAAGAGUAACCCUUUACAAACACAAGAAAACCCACACUGGAGUGAAACAGCACCAGACAGUUCACACUACAGAAACACCUUACAAGUGUUCACACUGUGACAAGAGAUUCAAAUGGUCAACACAUCUUCAAAUACAUGAAGGAUCCACACUGGAGAGAAGCCGUAUCAUUGCAAUUCAUGUGGGAAGACUUUUACUCAAUUAUAUUCUUUAAUCUGUCAUAAAUUACAUGUCUGCAUGUCUGAAAUUACAGUAAGUAGAUGAAGUUCUGAUCCUGUACUUCCAGGUGCUAGGUAGGGGUGCAUCAAGUAAUUAUUUUGAUAAUCGAUUAAUCAGAGAUUAUUAGAACGAUUAAUCAACUAUUUGUUUAUUAUUUUACAGAUUAAUCAGUAUCUUUAUUGAUUAUUUGGCUUGUGGAGUUUAAAAUAUUGAGUUACACCCAUUCUAACUAAGAAAUAAAACAAGGAAAUCACUUAA